AUGAAGUACUCGUACGCCUUUGUUGCCGCUCUUGUUGCCAUCGUAGCCUGCGUCGCCGUGCAGGCUGCGCCUCCACAGCAAGAGGCUCAGGUGCUGCGCUUCGACUCCGAUGUGCAGCCGGAGGGCUAUAAGUUUGCUGUGGAGACAAGCGACGGCAAGUCACAUCAGGAGGAGGGUCAGCUGAAGAACGUGGGCACCGAGCACGAGGCAAUUGCAGUGCAUGGCGUCUACUCCUAUGUUGGCGAUGAUGGUCAGACCUAUACACUCAACUAUGUCGCCGAUGAGAACGGCUUCCAGCCACAGGGUGACCAUUUGCCGCGCGCCGUUCAAUAAGCCCCAAGGCAUCCCACACCCAUAUGUUAACUAGGUUUAAGAUCUAUCAAAUCAUUUUCGCAAACAAACAAACAAACAACAAUUUGAAAAUCUCAUAGUCAUGCUUAAUAAUAUACCAACAGUUUUAUGUUCCAUAUAAA